AUGGGUCAGCUGGACAUUCACAUGUUUGAUGUGGGUGGUCAACGCUCUGAACGAAAAAAAUGGAUCCAUUGUUUUGAGGCUGUGACAUCCAUUAUCUUUUGUGUAUCCUUGAGCGAAUACGACCAGGUGCUUCUUGAAGAAUCACGGCAGAAUCGCAUGAUGGAAAGUUUAGUGCUGUUUGAAUCAGUUAUCAACAGCCGAUGGUUCUUACGCACGUCGAUCAUUCUGUUUUUGAAUAAGAUCGACGUCUUCAAAAGCAAACUGCCAAAGCUCCCAUUUGAGCGUUAUUUUCCUGAUUAUGGUGGUGGCCAAGAUAUCAAAAAAGCGACCAAAUAUAUCCUUUGGCGAUUCAACCAAACAAAUCGUGCCAAGCUCAACAUUUACCCACAUCUGACAGAGGCAACCAGCACUACCAAUAUUCGAUUGGUUUUUGGUGCUAUUGCUGAAACCAUUCUGCGUAAUGCACUCAAAGAUUCCGGGAUUUUAUAA